AUGGGUAAAGUGUACAAAAACCAACGCCAUGUGGAUAUAUUCCCAUACUGCUUACAGGUUUAUUCGAUACCUCUGGGUGGUACUAUUAUCAAGCAAAACAUCGCCACUGGUGGUUCUGGAUCGACUUACAUUACGGGGUUGGUUGAUCAUUUGUAUCGCCCUGAUAUGAGCAGGGGGGAGGCUGAGGACUUCGUGGCUAAGGCGGUGGCUCAUGCUAUGGCCCGUGAUGGAUCUUCUGGUGGAGUUAUCCGUGUCACCACUGUCACCGAGAAAGAUGUGGCCGAGAAGUGCCUAUAUGCUGAUAAAAUACCGUAA